AUGUGGUCGUGGGCGAUUGUCUGGGGUGCGGCUUGUGGAGUCUCGUCUUCGGGUCCGCCGUUACCGUUUGAGAGUUGUUCGGCUACGUCUGUGUUGAGUGGGGAGUUUGCGGCUACGAAUGCACUGAGUCCGGGUUUGGACUACUGGAGUUCGGAGGGUCCGUUGGAUGCGAGUGAAGAGGUGACUUGGAAGGGUGGGUUUGGUUCGUUGACGGACGUGCGCGGGUUGGAGAUACGUUGGGCAUUGGCUCCGUCAGAGUUGGAGGUGUUAGGGAGCGGUGAUAAGUUGACGGAUCGAGUAUUAAUGGAUUGGAGAGGUACGACUAACUCGGACGCGAGUUUUAGUGAAUUGUUAGAAUUCCCAAAAGGGACGGAGACAGUGUUGGAGAUCAAGCUAGUGAUGAAGGGUAUGCCGCAUGACUACAUUGGUAUCCAGCAGGUGCGUGCAGUGGGUAGUGAUCAACAGAUCUUUAUGCUUGUUAGCGGCAUUGAAAGCCCCCGAGCUGAACAAUGCCUCCAGGGCGCGGGAACGGGCGCCAUGGUACAGGCUGCGGAGGUCGUCGUUGGCUCCUGCGAAUUCGCACUCGCUACCGGCACUGGCAAUGACGUGUGGCUCCGGACACCCACCGGACAAUUGGUGCUCGCACAGUCCGAACCGACUCUUUGUCUCGACUGGGGCGACACGGCACAGUACAACGAUGAACUGCUCGGCAGUGCCUGCCCACCCGGCGUUGAAAAUUGCGUACAGAACAAGACUGGAACCACCACUGGCACCACCACCACUGGCACAACCACCGGAUCGGGGAGUGCUACCUUGCAGUUGCAGCCCUGUACAGAAACUGACUCGCGGUUCGACUACCAGCCUAAUGGGCAGUUGCGGGCGGUAAUCGACCGACGGGACUUGUGUCUGACGGUCCAGGGUUCGAAGCCGGGGAUGGGCAAUUUGUUGGAGACGCACGAGCAGGGGAGCGAAGCGUCGAGCGUGGCGGACACGGACCACGAGUCGGAUAACGCUCUCACCGCCAGUCUGGAGACCUUCUGGGCAUCCAAAGGUUUUACGGAUUGCUCGGAACAUAAUGUGUACUGGCAGUUCGAUUUUGGUCAGGCUGUGAAAAUACACCAAGUCAAAAUAGAUUGGGAAUACUCCCCCCUGGCCUACUCGCUGAUGGCCAGUAGUGACGGUAAUGCCUUUACCACACUCGUCUUCAACCCAGUUAACCCGAACAAUGUUACGUUAGACGAUUUGGGUGUUGCCAAGACGAGAUGGAUUCGUGUGGUAAUGCAUAAGCCGCACCCCGUCCAUGGACUUGUUACGCAAAGUUCGUCCAGUGCCGCCGCCAAAACUGGUGCUGCCAAAGGUCAGGUUUAUGGUUAUGGAAUCAGGAAUAUAAAAAUAUUACAAAAUAAAUUAAAAUUAAAUUUAAUUAAUUGCGACAAAGCUGGGAAACUUACUACAGGAGGGGACAAGUGGUUCCUGAACGCCGUUCGGAACUUUAACGCUGACGAAGCGCGCCGCACGCGGCUCUCCGGCGAGGACUACGUUGAAACAUUAAAGAGUGUACAGCAGUCAGCUUCGAACCUGGCGGAGGUUUUGCCAGACAUCAGUAGUUGCAAGUCCGUAGUAGCUGGUCUGCAAAAGGAGUAUGACAAAACAGAGAAGAUACAGGAGAUUCGUGACCGGCUGCGUUCACUUGAAGAGAAACCCACGUCCUUUGCGCUUACGCAACCAAUCCUUGGUAUGAGUCGCGAGUACCCCCUAAUGUCCACAUGCAAAGUCUCCGCUGGGUCCUCAGGGGUAGGGUUCUACUACGUGCAAGUGCCGUGUUCGUCUACAGGCGUAUUACGGUUGUUUUGCGACGACGAAAACGACGGGCUGUUUCUCUACGACGGGGCACGAGUUGCGACACGCGAGAGUACGCUGGACAUCGAGCGCGCGUGUGCGACAGAGGGCCUGAUGCCAGUGGUAGUGAAGAGUGCAAAAGAGUACGAGUACAUGGUCACGAUGUUGAAGUCCAUGUCACUGCGCGGGCGCGCGAACAUCCCGUUGGCAUUCGACCUGGGUUGUGCCCGCGGAAGUUGCCUGGGUGUGUAUCAUGAUCUCGGACGUUUGGCCGAGGUGAGUAGUGUGCUGACUCGCUAUCUGUCCACCUCGGGUUCGAGCUCCGCCUCCGACUCUGGCUCGACUUCCGGAUCGGCGUUGGCUUUGGUGUCGCGAGGGGGCGUGUGGACGGUGGACUACAGCGACUGGCUAUCGGAGGUGCAGAGCGGCUUCCUGUGUUCGCAAUUGGGGAGUUUGCGGGAGGCAGGAUACCGCGCGAUGUUGGCCUGUUCGACACGAGGUACGUCCCCGAUUUUCCAGGGCGGUAGGAAUACAUUUGUUCGAGUUUCUUGCCCGGGCAAUUGCGGCCUAGUAGCAGAACAUGAGGUGUUUGGCGGGACGGGGUUGUAUGCAGAUCGAUCGCACGUUUGCAAGGCGGCAGUGCACGCGGGUGUGCGUGAUCUGGCUGACUUCUUGGUGGCGUUGGAGAGUCCAGCGGCAUCCUACGGUGCGGUGGUAAGCAACGGUAUUAGCAGUCGUGCAUUGGCGGGGCCCACAACCUCCGCACUACGUCUAUUGGAUGCGCUGGAUCGCUGCCCGGUCCAGGACCUGUUGGCGGCGACUGUCGAAACGCGUGUGAUGAAGGACUUGAAUGCCCAAAUAGUCCUGCCCAAGACGCAGGACUGGACCGAGAGCGAAAGUCUGGGUGCGCAAAAAGCGGUCACCGCACAACUCAACGCCGCGCCACUUGCUGCGGGCGCAAAUAAGGCCACGAUCGAGAGCUGGAAUCGCACCCGCGACCUCUCGGCGCUCCUACAAAAAGUCGAUGCGCUAAGUCUCACGUACUCCCGCCAAACGACCGUCACGAGUCUGGUCGACGGACGUGGACUUGUCAAACCCAUAGAAGUAACAACCACACGCCUCCAGGGCCGUAGCGAUCAAUCAUACGUGAUACUAACUCGCACCGUCAAACGUGUCCUGGGUGUCGUCGCCGAGUACUUUACGAAAUUAAUGGAGACACAAUCACGUAGCGCAGCCCUCAUACAGUCCCGACAGCGUCACAUAGCCGUUCUCGACCUGGACCGCGAUGACCUUUCUUUGGAAGACUUCCUGGCCUUCCCGCCGAGUCGUGCAACCUCGGCCACCACUGCGACCUUCUCGUUGGGACGCUCGGACACCCUUGCGCAUCGUGUGAUCAUUAUGCAGGCGACGGCGGGAGCUGAGAUCGGCACGGAUUCGGAGUCCGCCGUUGUGGAAUUCGUGGAGGGACAGCCACUGGAGUUUGGGGGCGAGUCGAUUUUGUUAACUCGAAAUCUGUACCACUACGACGGUGAGUUGACAGCGGAGUUAACCGUUCGAGGCACUGUGUUGGUAGGUUGGAGAGUACGUGCUGCGAGUGGUGACGGCUUUUGGUUGUGGUUAUCUCCGGACCGUGUGUCAGAGGAGCCACGAGUACGGUUCAAGUUAGUGCGCCGGUUCAAGGGCCGUGUGUCCUCACUGUCGCUCUGGGCAUCAGUGUUAGUGUCAGAUGCAGAGACGGUGCGGUUACGUGUGACACUUGGCCGUGGAAGACACACACUGUUCCUCGAGGGAUUGCGCGCACUCGACGUGUUCGAUGAGACACUGACUUCCGGCCAGCUCGCUCUAGGAAUCUGGACGGGAGCCGCGGAGGCGUACCUGCACUUCGAACCUCACUGUUGCGAAAAACCGAGCACCACACGCGUCCUUCGAGCACCCGCACGCUGCGCCUCCUUCCAAGACACCUUCCGUCUUGCGCCAAGCGAAACGUUCCUCCUCUCGCCACGACAUGACGCCACUCUCCAACGCAACCUCCAGGGACGCACUACGGCCUACCGACUUUCGCACUGGUCGCAGUCCGCAAAUGGUCGUGCCGCAAAUGGUCGUGCCGCAAAUGGGCGUCGAGAAAACUCGGUCCGGGGACCUUCCGCGCCACAGUCGGAUGGAACACAGCCGCAUUGGGCCAUGCUCGACCUACCCGGGCGCCACACGUCGUGCUCUCAAGGCACCUUCACGUUCGACUUUCUCGCAACCCCCGAGUGCCCCGACCUCGAAAUUGGACCCAUCAUUUGGCCACAGCCCUUUCUUAAUGAUAUUCCGGGCGACCACGAGGAGGAAGGGGAUGAGUCAGGACGUGAUACAGCACCGGACCAUAGCAUCUACCAAUGGCUGGCAGUCACCCCCAGCGGCUCAGCCAAAGGCUAUGCCAACCGCGGGGCACCGUCGACGCCUCUACUGCAACCUCCUCUGGCGCAGUCUUCUCUGAUACACAUACCCGUAGUCGUUGACGAACAGUUCCUUGAACCCCUACUCCACAAUCGCUGGUACACUCUCACCACCCUGCUCACACCUGAGGACUCAAACCUGCUCGUUCUGGAUGGUCGCAGAGAACUCGGCUUCCUAUCCGUCAGAAACCGCCAAGAAUCGAGCGACCAAGACUAUCGUAUCGGCAUCGCCUACCGCAACUGUGAUCAUGCCUUUGUAACCAGGAUCCGACUGCACCCAUGA